AGACCUUGCCAGGAAAUUGUGCAUUCAUCGUUUACUGCGCAACUUCUCGCCGGAUGAAUGAUUCGCGAAGUUUUCUCGCAGGAUUUGAGAGCGAAAGUCCGGUCAUCGCGUUGAACUUCUAACAUGACCGCGGUAGAAACUGCGAGUGUUGCCGCGCGUGAGACUUGCGAAGGGAAACUCUCGAAACUGGAUUCCCAUGGGAAUGCAAAUGGAAAUACCGGCAUGGAAAGCGUUGAUGUGGAGGACGAGACGCAGCAACAGUGUUCCGACGAUAAUUCUGAAAUUCGAAACGCACCGAACUCGGAGAAGAAGCGGAAACGGAAAGCAGGAGUGAUCUACAUGUCGACUGUACCGCGAACUCUCACUGUUGCCCAGAUUCGUUCCCUUAUGUCACAAUUCGGGAAAGUAGGGCGUAUUUUCUUGCAACCCGAAGAUAAUCGAUUGAAGAAAGGAAACAAAUCGAAACGGCGGAAAUUUUCCGAAGGUUGGGUCGAAAUGGAACGCAAAAAAGAUGCGAAACGCAUCGCGGAACAGCUGAAUAACCAAAGAAUUGGCUACAAGAAGCGCAGCCAUUUAUACGAUUGUCUUUGGAAUUUGAAAUACCUUUCGGGGUUCAAAUGGGCGCAUUUGAAUGAACGUCUGGAGUACGAGCGUCAAGUGAAAAAGCAGCGUAUGAUGAAUGAAAUCUCGCAAGCGAAACGCGAAACAGACGCUUACGCAAAAGCGGUGGCGAAGUCGAAAUAUUUAUCAAAGAAGGGAUUCAUUCAGAACAGAGAAAGCGACGCUGAUGAUAGUCCGGUUGAAUCUGACGUCGACAUGCCGGGACCUGUACCCGCUGAAAGUCGUGACGCUUUUUUGAAGAAUUUGUUUGCGCGGAAGUGAGAAUACUUGCCUGCAAAUUUCCGAAAUAACCAGCUGCUGUGAUUUUUCACUCGACA